CUCUCUCUCUCCUGUAUAUGUCAGUGGAUUCUAGAAGAUAAAACUCGUAAUUCAAUUCAACACUUUCCACACAGUUCGUGCGCACAAUACCACCAGAAGCAGUGGCCUCCGUUAGUGAAACACUCGUUAUGUUGAAACGUCUAGAAGUUAAUGGAUACAUUUUAAAUCGAAUUCAAAUUGCGAAUUCAAAAACAUCCUCGAUCCAGAUUUCCAAACAUAAGAAGACGAAACCCCCAUUAAGGAAUGUGUCAUUCAUUCAUUGACCGGAGCGACUCGUUGGUAUUCCUGAUGACAGAGUGACAGAGUCAGAGUGACAGGCUCGACCCGUGCAACAGGAUCUGAGGAUACAUCUGCUCCACCUCUAAAUCCACCUGUUGUUCCGCUGGGAAUCAGUUGGAGUUGAGCUUUGGUUUGGACAGCGGCAGCAGCAUGGAAGAUAUUGUAGGUUCCCCCUGGAAUGAGAGGGUGUCUGGAGUGUUUGCCUAUGAGAGUUCAAAGGUCGACUGGUGUGAGGAGAACUACAGGCACUCUGAACAUGUGGUUGAGUACUUUAACACGGUGAGCAACCUGAUCUUCUUCAUCAUAUCUCCCAUGAUGCUGUACCUGCUACACCCCUACGCGAGAGAGAGGCACCUGGCCGUUCACCUGGUGUGGCUCAUGAUGGUCUUCGUCGGGGGGUUCUCGCUCUACUUCCACAUGACUCUGAGCUUCCUGGGCCAGAUGCUGGACGAGCUGUCCAUCCUGUGGGUGCUGGCUCUGGGCUAUGCCCUCUGGUUCCCUCGCAGGCGCUUCCCCUCCUUCAUCAAGGACAGAAGGAGCUUUGGGAGGUUGGUCCUGAUUAUCACGGCCCUCACCACAGUGUCGUCCUUCGUCAAGCCUACCGCCAAUGCCUACGUCCUCAACGUCUUUGGCCUCCAGCUGCUCUAUGUACUGCGGAUGGAAAUGAAACACUGUACGGACCCCAAGGCGCUGCGUCUGGCCAAGAGGAUGGUAGCUCUGUGGGUGCUGGCCAUCGCCUGCUGGAUCAGCGACCGCUUCGGCUGUGCCUUCUGGCAGGAGCUCAACUUCUGCUACCUGCAUGGGAUCUGGCACAUCCUGAUUGUGAUGGCUGUGGCUCACGGCACGACCCUCAUCGCCUUCCUAGACGCCAGCUAUGAGAUUCCCUAUUCCCUUCCUGGAAUACAGUACUGGCCAUGUGACCAGUGGGAAGUCGGAUUGCCCCACAUUGUACUAAAAGGCAACACCAAGUUGAGGAAAGAAUGCUAGCGAACCAAAUCUAAAAGAAGAAAAUUAGCUGCCGGAAAAACCUCAUGCAUGUUCCGUCAUUUUUUCCCAGUAUGCAACUAUUAUUAAAGGUGCUAUAGAUAUCGUACUCUAUUGUACCGUACUCUAUGGUACAGUACUCUAUUGGUACAGUACUCUAUGGUACAGUACUCUAUGGUACAGUACUCUAUUGGUACAGUACUCUAUUGGUACCGUACUCUAUUGGUACAGUACUCUAUGGUAC